AUGCUAGCAGAAACCAUGACAAGGAUGCAGGUCACCUGGGCUAUACUAACCCCAACGGUGCUUGGAGCACUGCAUCCCGAUGAGCUGCCAUACCUCCAACACCUCGGUAUUGCUGGGGAGCCUCUGGGAGAGUCUGACAUACAAACCUGGUUCUCCAAACUGCAUCUUUUCCAGGCGUAUGGAUUUACCGAAUGGGCAGGAAUAUGUACGGUAUCGCCGCAGAUAACGUCCGUCAAUCAGCGGAGGGUUAUCGGAGCACCAGCCAAUGCAAGGCUAUGGGUAGUUGAGCCCGGGGAUCAUAAUCGGCUAUCACCCAUAGGCGCAGUUGGGGAACUUGUUGUGCAAGGUCCAAGCCUGGCCCGGGGCUAUCUUGCAGACAAGACCAGGACAGAUCUGGUAUUUGUGGAGCGUCCGUCAUGGAUGAGUGAAUUCCCCUGUGGUGAUUGUGGACCUAUAUACAAAACUGGAGACCUUGUCCGGUAUAACGAAGAUGGGACACUCAGCUAUAUGCAGCGAAAGGAUAACCAAGUGAAACUUCGGGGCCAACGCCUAGAGAUUGAAGAGGUGGAGUACCAUACAAGGCAGGUUGCAGCACGGGCCGAAAGGGUUAUUGCAAUGAUAUAUGAGCCGCAAAAUAUGGCCGUCCAGCAGCGGACGUUGAUCGCUCUCAUCGUCAUGUCGCAAUCCAACAGGACCACUUUCACCCGCGGCAAGUUGAAUUUCCUUGAUCUCCGCAGAAAAGAUGAAGAUGAGAUCCGGAGAAUAGAACGAGAACUACCUUCCAGAUUGCCCAAUUUCAUGCUACCUCAGCUACUUCUCCCUGUCUGCGGUGUGCCUGCUACCAUAACCGGGAAACUCGAUCGCCGGGCCAUCAUUCGAGAAGUGAAUGGACUUCCAUUUGACGAACUACGGCGCUUGGCGGGAUUGGCGGUUGAAUCCCAGAGACCUGAGAGUAGGUUUGAGCGACUCAUACUUGAACAGGUCUCCGAGGUAUUGGAUUUGAAGCCGGAUGAUGUCGGAAUGCUUGACAACUUUUUCCACCUCGGUGGGGACUCGGCCUCCGCUGUCAAGCUUGUCGCGAAGGCUAAGCGUCUGGGGUUGAGACUACAGGUGCUGGAUAUUUUCAAGAAACCUAUUCUGCGGGACCUUGCGUCGAUAGUAAAGGAAGUCGUCGCACAAUCAGAUUCUGUGUCCAUACAACCUAUGGAGCUGCUCAGCCUUCCAGCCGCAAACGAGAUCAGAAAACUAGCAAUGGCUGAUUGUGACAUUGAGGACGACCAGAUUGAAGAUAUAUAUCCUUGCACACCUUUGCAAGAAGGUCUUCUCGCAACUAGUUCAAAAAACCCACAUAUGUUUAAGGCGCAGUUCGUCUGCGAACUGAAGCCAGGAGUGGAUGUUGCUCUGUUCAAGGAGGCCUGGGAACAAGUCGUGGAGUCCAAUGACAUCUUACGCACUCGAUUUGUUACGCACCCAGGGUACGGUACCUUGCAGGUCGUUGUCAAGGAGCCCUGCCGCUGGAGUAAGGCAGACGAUCUCGAGGCGUGUCUUCACCACGCGCACCUCCAGCCUGCCGGUAUGGGGAACAAACUAGUCAACGCCUACCUGCUUCCUAGUCAAACGGGCAGUGCUCCAGUGACAUUCGUCGUUAUAAUGCACCAUGCCUUAUGUGACAGGUGGUCAUUCGAUUUAAUUUUGGAACAGAUAGCCAUGACCUACAAGAAGCAAGGAACAAGCGGUAGGCAGAAUCAUUUCAGCCCAUUCAUCAAGUACAUUCUGGAGCAGUCUAAAUACUUCAGCCAGUACUGGGAAAAACAAUUCGAGGGCGUUGGCGCAACUUCUUUCCCCGUACUCCCCCAUCCAACCCACCAACCUGCGGCGACCGAACAAUUCAGACAAACCAUCAACAUCCCCACUGAUCGAACGAUGGAUCAUACAUUAUCAACUUGUAUCCGCCUUGCCUGGGCUAUUGUCAUUUCACUGAAUACAAGUACGGCUGAUGUCGUGUUCGGUAUAACAGUAAAUGGCCGUGCUGCCAAUGUAGACUACAUUGAGCAGAUGAUCGGGCCAACUAUUGCAACAAUACCCUUACACGUUCGACUCAACUUCAAGGCGACAUUAAGAGAUGCCUUAGCAAGGCUGGAGGCGAAGGCUAUUGAAAUGAUCCCUUUCGAACAAGCAGGUCUACAAACCAUAAGGAAGAUUAGCGCAGAAGCGCGCCAGGCCUGCAAUUUCCAGAGCCAAUUAAUUGUUCAGUCGAAUUCAAGAAAACGUCAGACACUGUUCGACGGAUGUCAAUAUUCCUCUACCACGCUGGGAGGAUUCGCUAAUUAUGCCCUUUCAGUUGAAUGUUUACCCAACGACAACGGGACCAAGCUGGACAUAACCGUCUUGGUAGACACUAAAGCCAUUAGCUCCAGAAGGGCACGUAGUCUCGUGCUCCACAUGGCGGAGAUCCUGCGCAAAAUAUUGCAGGACCCGCAUCAAAGGCUGGAUGAUCUACCACAGAUCCGGCCAGAAGAAUUCGGCCAGUUGAAGGAGUGGAAUAAGGUGACGCCAACAGAUCCGCCAAAAUGCAUCCACCAUCUCAUUGACGCGCAGUCAUCGACAGCACCGCACAAGCCAGCGGUGGUCGCUUACGACGGACAGUUCACAUAUGCAGAUAUAGAGAGAUGGUCUAAGAGAUUAGGCAGCUGGCUUCUGGGGAAAGGGCUUCAGCCUGGCGACAUCAUUCCACUUCUAUUCGAGAAAAGUAAGUGGACACUUGUGGCAAUGCUUGGGGUGCUUAGAGCUCGCGGCACCUUCGUCUUACUUGAACACUCCCAUCCUCUGGGAAGACUCCAGGGAGUUUGUAAAGACACCAGUGCUUCCAUCGUUCUUUGCUCGCGCUCUUUCGCCCAGCUGGCGGGAAAUCUUGCCCAAAUAGUCGGUGUCAUAGAGGAACAGGGGACAUUCCUGGAGGCCAGGGAUGAGCCUGUAUUCCCGAUCGUACAGCCGGACGAUGCGGCGUAUGUGGUAUUCACGUCAGGAUCGACAGGUAAGCCUAAAGGCGUGGUAAUUGAACACAAGUCGUAUUGCGCGGGUGCCCAAGCCCACAAUCAAUCCCAUCAGGUGGACAGCUCCUCUAGGGUGCUACAAUUCGCGUCAUAUUCUUUCGACGUGAGCAUUGUUGAAUGCCUCAGCACCUUAAUUGCCGGAGGAUGUGUUUGCGUCCUGUCUGAAUGGGAACGGAAGAAUAAUGUCGCCCAGGCGGCUCAUCGCCUAGGCGUAACACACGCCUUCUUGACUCCGUCUUUCAGCCGUCUUCUCAAGCAUGAACAAAUACCGACCCUUCGUGUCUUGAUUGUCGGUGGUGAGACCGCAGCGCCAUCUGACUGUUCAUAUUGGGCGGACAAGGUCAAAUUGAUAAAUGAAUACGGCCCGGCAGAGUGCAGUGUCGCGUUUUGUGUGCAACCCUACCUGAAUGAUCAGGGUACCCAUCACAAGGAUAUCGGUCAUCCCUUGGUUGGAGCUGGGUGGGUAGUGGAUCCCGCCAAUCACAACAGGCUUCUUCCGAUAGGAGCCGUCGGUGAACUCUUGAUAGAAGGCCCUCUUGUUGGUCGGGGCUAUCUGAACGCACCCGAGAUGGCCACCAAUGCCUUUAUUGAACCUCCUCCGUGGCUCAAGGCCAUACGCGGAAGACAUCCAUGGCCAGUCUAUAAAACAGGAGAUCUCGUUCAGAUCAACGACAACGGAUCUUUCCGUUUCGUGGACCGACAUGGUACACUGACGAAGCUACACGGUCAGAGACUGGAACUGGGUGAAGUCGAAUCCAACAUUCUCCAAUGCUUUCCUGGCGCGACCGAAGCUGCUGCGGUGGUCACAAAUAUUGAAGACAGAAAUAGGAGCCUGCACUUGAUUGCAUUCAUCGUUGUUGAGGGUACAGCAACGAUAAGAAAGGACAACAGCUUGCUUGGUCUACCAACAGACGACUUUAAGCAGAACCUCCUCACGGCCCGGUCCGUGUUGAAGAGAAUCCUUCCCAGCUAUAUGGUACCGUCAGUGUUCCUCCCCAUAACACAUAUGCCACGAACUGGAAGUGGAAAAUUGGAUCGCCACAAACUCAAGGAUGAAGUGGCGAGGAGACCCUGGGCCGAUCUACAACAAUACGGCACCUCCAUUGUGCAGAAACGGGUACCAUCAACUCUCGCAGAAAAGGCCCUCCGGGAUAUAUGGGCAAAUUCUCUGAAUAUCACAGCAUCCAGCAUUGGACUUGAUGACAGUUUCACUGAUCUUGGUGGGGACUCAAUCACAGCCAUGCAAGUCGUCGCACAGGCCCAAGGGAAGGGCAUGCCAUGUUCAUUCCGGGAUAUAAUAGAUUUCGGAACAAUUGCGAAGAUUGUGGGUCGUACGUCGAACGCAACGAAUCGCUGCCUGGAGAGCCUACCAGAGGAGCCUGAAACGGUGUUCAGUUUGUCACCCACUCAGCAGUACUUCUUUGACAAAUAUCGACACUCGGAGAUCCCGAAUCACUUCAAUCAAAAUAUAAUGGUGCACCUCGAGGAAAGGGUGCCUUUUACUGAAGUUAGGAAGGCAGCGGUUAAUCUAGUGAGGUGUCACGCAAUGCUUCGAUGCCGCUUUUCUCGACAAGGUGACGGAACGUGGAAGCAAUAUAUUGCAAGGAACGUCGAAAGCUCGUUCUCCUUCAGGCUUCAUCAGCUCUCAUCCUCUGCAGAGGUGCAAGAUCAUAUAUCGUCAGCCCACAAGGGGAUUCAUAUCACGGAUGGACCGGUUUUCUCUGUGGAAAUGUUCGAGAUGGGGCCUUACCAGUCAAUAUGCCUUGUUGGCCACCAUCUUGUUCUCGACCUGGUAUCAUGGCGGAUAAUACUAGCCGACUUGGAUGCUUCUAUUCGUGGCACGCUAUCUGACGGAGGUAACUUGACCUCCUUUCAGACUUGGUGUGGGCUUCAGUCCAGAUACGGCGAGGAGAAGCUUCAGCCGCCGCCUAGCCUGGUCACCCGGAGAAAAGUAGGCAUGAGCCAGGGGCUCUGGAGCUUCUGGGGAAUCGACAAACAUAUACGGAAUACAUUUGCUGAAUCUGUCGGGAUGUCUAUAACAAUCGACGAGCAGACAACAGCGGCCCUACUGGGCCCAUCGAAUCACCGAUUCAGCACCGCACCGGAGGAGCUUCUCCAUGCAGCCAUACUUUUCGCCUUUAUUAGAACAUUCCCUGACCGUCCCAUUCCUAUCAUCUGGGGGAAAGGCCACGGUCGUGAAGCUUGGGAUCGGUCUAUUGAUCUGAGUAGGACAGUUGGGUGGUUCAAUACGAUGUGGCCCGUGGAGGCUCAAGUUGACCGGGCCUCCGACCUUGAGACUAUAGUGCAGAUCGUCAGAGAUACUCGGCGCCAGCAUCCGGAUCAUGGAUGGUCCUACUUUACCUCUGUAUACCAUAACACCCAGAGACGAAGUUUGGCUGAAAAGCUGCCCCCAGUGGAGAUCACGUUCAAUUAUGCUGGACGGUUGAACCAGCAAAGUUCCUUGUUGCGACUAGAGCCAAUCUCCAAGUUAGAAUUGUUCAACGGUUCUGGCAACGUCGAGCGCUGGGGUAUAUUUGAGAUCAACUCCUUGGUCAUAAACGGGCAUCUAGAAUUCCACCUGGCUUUCCCCAGAAGGUUAAAACGGGAUCGAGUCGUCUGCCCUUGGAUGAAUAAUUUUCAGUCCUGCCUACGUGCACUGGCUAGCCUCGUCACACAGGUUGCUGAUAAGUCUUUAUUGACCUUAGCUGACCAGACUGUACCUCGAUGA